GUGUGGUUAGAGUGAUUAUAAUUUUUUUUGACUUACUUAUUGGAGUUCUAAUCCACAUGGCACUGACAAAUUUCACAAAAAUAUUUGCCCCAAGUAAGCAGCUCUACGGCAGCCACUAUCAUCAUCAUCAUCUUGCUUCUUUCAGUUGAUCUAUUUCUUAUUUUUAAUUUACAUUCACUGCUCAAAGCCAUGGCAACCCACCUCAGGCUUGACUCUCACCUAUUGCUAAUAUUCUACUAUUUCGAAGAACCAGGGCUCACUCCCUGAGAAGACAAGAGAAGAGAAGAGGACAUAUUCAAUGGCCAAAUCACCUCUCUCUCUUCAAUUAACCUUCAUGUUCUCCCUUUCUAUGUCAGCCGCUUACUCCUUCUCAUCGCUUUCGUCACCGCUCUCUCCUCUUAAACCAUUUUCGACGUCCUCUUCACCUUCAAAAACACCCAAAGCCACUACUUCGGACCUACUUACUCUGCUCAGCGAUAGACGCAGUUCCUCAACGCUCAAUCCUCUUGUAUCUCGCGAACUCAAUUCUUGCCUCAAAUUUCUCGUACCCUUUACCCCCAAUGGGAUUAAAAUGGUCCCUAUAAGUUGUUCGCAUCGAAAGAGCUUGAACUCGAACAGAAAUGGAGUUCUGGCACGUAGAGAGGAGGAUGAGCUUAUAUGGUGGCCUCCACAAUCAGUGUUGGAUUUGGCUCGUCUUGCUUUCGAUUCUCGUGGAGAUUCCGCAGCGAUCCACCGAGUCCUUGACCCCACUGUGAUCCCUGUACCUGAUGUUGAAGGAUCGAAUGAAGACCGUUGCCAACUAACUCGAACUCCAUAUGGGUUUCGGUUUAUUAGUGAGGAAUUGAAUUUGUACCUUAAAUUUUUGUUUGAACUUAUUGUUGCUCGAGCUCCUGCUGUUGGGUUGAAUGCAUCAUUGAAUCGAUAUGACUUUUUUCAUGGUCAUAUUUUUCUCGCCACAGACAGUGGCAGGCUUGGUAUAUUGUUCCAUGCCAAAGAGUACCCAGCAUUUGACAAAAAAGUGUUCCCUUACAAUAUGGGUUAUUGCCAAAAAGGAUCAAAUGUAUCAUACGAUAAUUCAAUGAACUUGCGAAAUAUUCUUUGGCUGGCACCAUUGCCUAGUGAUUCAACCGGAGACACAUGGGCAGCACCAGGUGUGCUGGUGGUGUUGGAUGCUCGUCCAGGAGGAAUUAUUUAUAGAGACAUUAUACCUGAUUAUGUAAAGUUUGUUAGGACCAUAUAUGAAGAUGAUUUUGGGGAGGUGGUAGCUGAUGUCAAUUACUUGGACGUAGGAGAUGUUAAGCCAAAUUAUCAACUUUUUAUUUGCUGACAUUCUUUUCUAUGCUUAUUUGAUUGGCAGGAUGGUACAACGGGGAAAUUGCCAUACCUGGCUAUUCUCACAACAGAAAACAAAGAUGUAGUACUUGUUUAGGCAAUGUGAUUUUCACUUGCCUUCAUUUCAUGAGGGAAUUAAGUUCAGAUAAUUGGGACUGGAGUUGUGAAUUCAUUGAUUGAUUCAUUUCUGCUUGAUGGAAAUUGGAUUCUUCUAAUAGAAGUGUUACUAUCUUUUUACUAGCAAUCUGAUGUUUAAAAAUCAUUGUUGAUUCCAUAAUAUUAAAAUUGUAUGUUGUUGAGACUUGAGUUCAUAAACUAUGGGUGUGCCUGGUAAUGGUAUAUAGUCAAAUGGAUGUCUCCAAAAUAUUCCAAUGAAACGUAAUGCUUGUCAUUCUUGUAUCGGAAUCAGAUUAAUCGCUAUUAGAUUUUAUUUUUCCUUUGAA